AUGAUUUCUUAUACGCUAAAUUAAUGUGCAUCUUUCCAGAUUAAUGAAAACAAGUUUGAAGAAGUCAACAGAGAAACAAAAACCUCUCAUCAUAAAAAGCGAUAAGUAGAAUGCUAAAAAGAAAAAUUAGCAAGUGAAUCUACAUAGGAGCAAGAAGGAUUUAUUGGAAGAAAGGUAUAUAUCAUCUUUUCUAAAUCAUAGAUGAAACAGCAAAUUAAAAGAAAGAAUGAUGAAUUCGAUUCAAUCACUUGUAUAAAAAAUAUAAUAAGCCUAUCUCUCAGUGUUCUUGAAGAGGAACAUCAGAUUAAUUACGAAUAACAGAAUCCAAAAGAGCUUUAUUCUCAAUAAGAUUUAUCAUUGAAAAUUGUAGACUAAAGUGAUAUCGAAGCCUUUUAGUUGCCACCAACUGCUCAAUAAUUUUAACAACAAAAUAAGAAGGCCCAAAAAAAAACAAGGAACAAGAAAAAUAAGGUUGAUUCUUAACAAAAAACCCAAAAAAACUAAACAUUAACAUAAAAAUAACAUCCACAACAACCUUAGAUAGAAUAAAUGAUAAAGGAUAAAUAAUAUAAUUAGGCUUCUUCUCAAAAUUCUCAUAAAUUAAAAGAGUAAACAACUUCAUCAAAAUAAUAAGUGUUGACUAGCUUGAAUUAAAUAGAGAAUAUUUAGAAAUGCAAAAAUGAGUCUAGUGAUUUGGAUGCCCAAUUUAGUCAUGUAAUUUAAAAACAUUAUAUAGAUUGGUGCUGUUAGUACAACAACAGGGAAUUCCUAAUCAGAGUCAGAUGACUGUUUAUUAUAAUAAGAUGAGAACAAUUUGAAAGACUUAAGUUUAUAAAAACAGAGUAACAAGGAGAAAUAUAAAAAGAAAAAUUAUAAUAAUAUAGAAAAAGUUGGAAAAAAAUAAUAUCCAUAUUCUCCACAAACUACCCCUAUAAAACGUAAAUAAUUAAAUUUAAACAAAUCUAAAACACAAGACAUAGACGAGUUUAUAAAUAACAUACAAAUUAAAAGUUUUUAAAAUAAAAUAAGAAAACGAAUAUGUUUUAAUAGAUUACAUUAUAUUAUAUCAACAAAUUCAGACCUUAAUAUUUAUGCUUAUGGAUCCUUCGAAACUGGACUCGAUUUAGAUGUAAGUGAUGUGGAUAUAGGAAUUUGGGGAACAUAAACAUUGAGUUACAAUUAGAUUGUAAACUUUUUACAGUAAAUAAACUCAAUGUUAAAAUAGACACCAUUUUUAGUAUAAUCAAAGUAUGAUUAUCUAAAAAUUUUAGGUUAAUUCAAAGUCAAAUGCCCAUACUAAAAUUAGAAUUGAAUCCUAAGACUGAGUUUUAUAGUGAUAAUGCAUACAUUUAACAAAAUUGGCAAAGUUUUCAUUUAGAGUAAUAAGAUCCUGGUAUGUUUAGCUUAUUAUCUUAGGUAAAAUCAUCUAGGUUGACUUAACAUGGAUUUACCAAUGGAACAAUAUUUAUAACAACCCUCAUCUAGGUUUUGCUUCAACAACAAUCAUCAAAGAUUGGGUGAUUCGAUUUUAUUGGUAUAGAGAGACAAUGCUAAUUUUAAAGUAUUUACUUAAAUCCAAAAAUCUUAAUGAUGCACAUACAGGUAUCACUUAUCACAAUGAAUAUUUUAGGAGGAAUAUCUUCAUUUUGUUUGUCGAUAAUGUUGACUGCUAUCUAUAUGUGCAAGCAUUACACUUAACAUGAUAAAAAAUAAAUCCUUCUUGACUUUUUAAAAAAGUAUGCAACUUAAUUUGAUCCCUUAAAAGAGGGCAUUUACAUAGAUGGUUAUGGGUACAAAAAUUAUCUAGUCUAGGUAAUAAAACCCAUUUAUCGCCUUGGAUGAAUGUCCCCCUUAUAAUCCUCUCACAAUUUACUCACCAAUUAAUUACUAAAUAAUAUCUCAUAAAGCAAUUAGAUUUCCUGAGAUUUAGGAAGCAUUCAGAAGGCUCUAUGAACAUUUGAUGAAAUCUAACAAAAUUCAAGAAUUCUUUGAUAUCCCCUAAUAAGUGAAUUAAUAAUUAUUUAUUUGA